AGUGUAGCAUUUCGUUUCAAAACAUAACGACAUAAAUCCAAAUCCAAUCCAAAAGGAAGGGAAGGGACCCGGCCGAGGGAUUUGGAGGGAACCCGAACAGAUCAUGUACUUUGGGGCUCGUUGUGGCGGGAAAAUAUCCGUGCAGCCCUUAAUUUUCCAUAUAACACCCUAAUCCUCAAUUAUCUCGUCAGUUAUCCUCGCAUGACAUAGAUAGACAGACUCUCCAGUCUUCGGAUUAUCCAAUAUUCUCAUCUGAUAUUCAAAUUUCACACUCAAAUAAUGUUCUUUAUUCCCUAAAAGACCCGGAUCACUGUUCUAGGCAGGAAGCUUGGAGCUCGGUGGAAGUUAAUUAUUUGCUUUUUUUUCACGGUUUGUGAGAAAUGGCUAGUGAGACUGUUGAUGACGGGGAGCAGACCAUUACAAUCAAAGAGUAUCUAAACGAGGUCGAAGAAGAGGAACUGGAGGCGGAUUUGGUUUUGGGUGGGGAUGAAGGCAAGGAGUGCACCUAUACUAAGGGCUAUAUGAAGAGACAGGCCAUUUUCUCAUGCCUCACUUGCACUCCAGAAGGAAAUGCUGGAGUUUGCACUGCUUGCUCCUUAUCUUGCCAUGAUGGUCAUGAGAUUGUGGAGCUCUGGACCAAGAGAAAUUUCAAAUGUGAUUGUGGGAAUUCAAAGUUUGGGGAGUUCUUCUGCAAACUUUUUCCUAGCAAAGAUGUAGAAAAUGUUGAGAAUUCGUAUAACCAUAACUUCAAAGGUUUAUACUGCAGAUGCAAUCAACUAUAUCCUGAUCCUGAUGUUGAAGAACAGGUGGAGAUGAUACAAUGCUGUAUGUGUGAGGACUGGUUUCAUGAGGAGCAUAUUGGUCUUAAGUCAUCUGAUGAGAUUCCUAGAGAUGAGGAAGGAGAGCCUUUGUAUGAAGAUUUUGUAUGUGAUGCAUGCUCGGCAUUUUGUUCCUUUUUAACCCAAUAUCCUCAAACCAUAUGGGCUGCUGGGGUUCAGCGGAGUGAUAGUGCUAAUACCAAAAAGGAUAAAGAUGUAAUGCAAGAUAUGCAUUCAGCUUGUGGUUCUGGAAAGCUUGAGAAUGGUAUUUGUUCUGAUAGUUCUGCUAAAAAGGAUGAUGUGAUGGCUAAAACUAAUUCUGAAUGCUUGUCUGGUGGGAAGGGACUUGAUACUGGAGAAAGUUCUGAAAGCAAGGUCAGUUCAAAUCAUUGCAAUAGUGAUGGUAGCUCACACACUACAUGUCAUCUUGGAGAAAAUCUGGUGUCAGAUUUACCUAUUUUACCAAAUAAACCACUAUUUCUAUCCAAAAAUUGGAGGGAUAUCCUCUGCAGGUGUGCAAAAUGCUUAGAUAUGUACAAGCAGAAACAUAUUGGUUAUCUUGUUGACAAGGAGGAUUCUAUAGCAGAGUAUGAAAGAACAGCAAAGCAGAAGAGGGAAGAAAAGUUGCAGCACCAAGAAGGUGCUGAGUUAAGUUUUCUCAAUAAAUUUGGUCACGUAGAGAAAAUGGAGAUUCUCAAUGGCAUCGCAGACAUGAAAAAUGAGUUCCGAACUUUCCUGGAGUCAUUUGACCCAUCAAAAGCAAUCACAUCUGAUGAUGUUCAUCAGAUUUUCGAGAAUCUUGCAAAGAAGCGCAGGCGACUAGAGUAAAUUUUGCAGUUGUGUUUCAAAUUUUAACUUAAAUCUUCUAUGUAUGGGUGCUUUCAGAACUGAGUUUGGGAGAAUUUGUUGUGAAAGCAGCCUAGUUUAGGUUUGUUUAAGUUCAUAAUUUCCCUGGUCCUGGUAUGAACCAUUUAAGCAUGUAGAAUAGUUUGUUUUACAACUUUCAGAAUCAACUUGGCCCUCUCUGUUUAUCCGCUUGAAAUGGAAUAUCCUGAAUCAUGUCAAUUCUAUGA